AUGGUCAACAAACCAGACAUAUAUGCAUGUUUCGAGGCCGUUACCGCAACUUGGCAAUACAUAGUUGCUGAUCCUCAAACUCGGGACGCUGUGGUAAUCGACUCGGUCCUAGACUUCAACCCGGCCUCGAAUCAAAUCAGUACCGACACCGCCGAUGGUCUUCUCGGGCUCAUCUUGGAAUAUAACCUCACCGUUACCCGAAUCCUCGAAACCCAUGCACAUGCAGACCAUCUCACCGCUGCUACCUACCUCCAACAAAAGCUAGUCAGUCAAGGAAGGCCACGUCCAGAAAUCUGCAUCGGAGAACGAAUUGCAGAGGUUCAAGCAACCUUUGCUUCUAAAUACAAGAUCAACGGCUCCCAGCUGGUCAACGUGUUUGACAAGCUCUUUCAAGAUAAUGAGGAGUUUAUGAUUGGGGAGAUUCGCGCAAAAGUCUUGCAUCUCCCAGGUCAUACCCCUGAUCAUGUCGGAUAUCUGAUCGGCGAAAACGUCUUUACUGGAGACUCCAUAUUCAAUCCAGAUGUUGGGUCAGCAAGGGCUGACUUCCCGGGAGGAUCUGCAACUGCACUCUACUCUUCUACCCAAACACUCUUAGGCCUACCAGAAACUUAUCGUCUCUAUGUAGGACACGAUUAUCCCCCAGAGGCGCGUUCCAAGAAUGAUAUAGGAGAGAAGCACAAACCUUAUACGACUGUUAAGGAGCAGCGCGAGGGAAAUAAGCAUGUUAAGGAGGGCACGAAAGAGGAGGAAUUUGUCAAGUUUAGAUCAGAGAGAGAUGCAGUCCUUGGAGAGCCAAGAUUGCUGCAUCAGUCUCUUCAGUUCAACAUUCGGGCUGGAAAGCUACCAGAAGCUACGGAAAGCGGUGAUAUCUUUCUGCGAAUCCCUGUCAAGGCUUCAAAGGAGUUUAUGAACUUAAUGCGGGGGCCAAAGUUGUAG